AUGAGUAGCAGAAACGGCCCUAAAAGCGCACGUUCCACAAAAAACAGACAGCCGGAGGAGACCAACAUCACCGUCACCACCAACAAUACAAAAAACAACGUAGACAAAAACAACCACGACGACGACGGCGAUGACGACGACACAGAUGAUUUCCUCCACUGUCCGUGUUGUCAGAAUGAAUACAACCAGCCGAAAAUGCUGCCUUGCCUACACAGUUUCUGCUACGAAUGCCUCGAAUCGAACCUUACUCAAAACGGGAUAGGGCCUGGAGAGGCAUUUUUGUGCCCCAUCUGUAAGACGCAGUGUGUGGUCCCGGCACGCGGUGUGCGAGCCAUGAAGAGCAAUAUUUUCCUUGUAACCCUUCAAGAAUUCUUCCAUAGCAAGACGUUAGACCCGGAAACUGAAUGUGAGGCUUGUGAUAGUGGCAGGGCUGCCAGGAAGAAGUGCAUCGAGUGUUCUGAUUGGCUGUGUAAUCAGUGCUGUGCUAUGCAUUUGAAGGUAAAAAUGACAAAAGACCACCACCUGGUCAGUCCGUCCGAAUUAGAAAGUGGUCAGUACGAUCAGCUGAUCAAGGAGAGUUUUGAACCACUGCUCUGCAGCAAACACAACGAACCCCUUAAACUAUAUUGUCGUGACCUUUCUUGCCAAGCCCCCAUAUGUACGGUCUGCAAAACGACCCCGGCCCAUGAACAACAUGAUGCCAUUGAACUCACCGAGCAGGCCAAACAAGAAGCCGGCUACAUCAAAUCCCUAAUGCCAGCUACCAGGGCAUUCAUAACGACCACAGCUGAGAAAAUAACCACACUAGAAAUUGAAGAAAAAUCAACCAUACAGAUAAGGAAGAAGUUGCACAAGGCCAUUAAUGACAGAACUCAAGAAGUCGUAGAAAGAGUCGUCAGAAGGAUUCAGCACUACGCCGAGAGUGUUCUGCUGAAAGUUGAAGAAAUGUCGAAAGAACAUCGGAAAGAUUUAGUGGCCGAAUCGGAAGCGUGCAGAAACAAACUUCAAGCGGCUGUGUCGGCUCGAUCGUUCGCUGAAGCUCUCUUAAGUUUCGAUCGACCUGAAGAACUCGUCUCGAUGAGUAGGGAGGUGAGGUCGAGGUUGGAAGAUUUUCAAACGCCCGUCGACCCGAUGCCCCCUGCCUGGAAAGAACCUCGUUUGAAUCCUGCCGCUGCCAUGGUCGAUGGAAAUGAUGAAGGUGACGAUGACCAAUUGGUGGCCAGGCUGUUUGGGGAGUUGACGUUUGAGGGCGAAGCCAUGUCCCGAAGUGUCCCAGUCGCGGCCCGGGCGUUUUCAGCACGGUGGACCCACGAUGAAAAGGAGUGCGCUCUUUGCGAUGUCACCCUUGAUGCUGCUGGAAACAUUAUCGUAGUUGAUAAGGACAACAGGAGGAUCAAAGUGUUUGAUAGUGAGGGUCGAUUGAAGAUGCUCUCUGACGAAGCUGCUGAGUUGAAGUCCCCCAACAGAGUCCUCUGGCUCCGAAACUCGGGACAGAUUUUAGUGAAAGAUGAAAAAUAUUUGAAACUGUUCGGACAAGAUGGGAGGUUUGUGGGAUUGCUGACUGAGAAACUGAAGCAACCCGUGGGACUUGCUCAAAACGAAGCAGGAGACAUCCUCGUUACUGAAUGGAUGGCUGGCGAAGUUGUCACUCUAGAUCAAGAAGGUAAAAGAAUGAAAAGUUUUCCGGUUCUUUGUGAAGCUGCAGGAUACAUAACCUGCUGUCCAAAUGGGAAUAUUGUAGUCAGUGAUUGGAAACAACACGUCAUCAAGAUAUUUGAUGCCAAUGGACGGUUCCUGAAGCAGUACGGAGGACAGGGAUCGGGAGACAACCAGUUGGAUCAUCCCUACGGAGUUUGCUCGGAUAGAUUCAGCCACAUAAUUGUUAGUGACACGUGGAACAACCGAGUAGUACUGCUAUCAGAGGAUGGAAGGUACAUAAAGACCAUCGUUGGCAAGAUGGAUGGCAUUGAGUGGCCGCAAGCGGUCGCUGUCGACAAAUACGGCCGACUUUUAGUGGUCGAACAACACGGACUCGUCAAAUUUUUUCAGUAUCUCGCUUAA